AAAAAAAAAUAGGUGUCUGCUGCUGGUUAGUGUGUCUCUACACUUUUGUGUAAUGUUUUUUGUCGUCCGAAAAGAAUCUCUAAUAACUCGGCAGCAUUUUUAACAAAUAUACAUCAUCAUCAUCAUUUUUCUUGCAAUAAAAACAACAAAAAAACUUUUUGUUGUUUCUAUUCUUUGCCCCCCUGGCGGUUGUGAAAAAGAAAGAAUAUAACAACAAUUUAUAUAAAAUACUUGAGUGAUUUCUUGUGUAAAUCAGAAAUUACAUAUUUCUCCCCAACAAACUCAGAGGUCGCCCCCUCAAUAGUUGCUAGAGUUCUUCUCUACAACCAACAAAUUGUCAAAUUUGUUAGAAACAAAAAAAAAAAAACUCAAUAAACAAAUAAUAAUGGAAUGGACUCGCGACAAAACCCUCUCACUAAUCAAUGAGUACAAAAAGAGACGUGGUCUCUGGGACAUGACCCACGAGGACUAUCGCAAAAAAGAAAUGAAACAAAAGCUUCUUAUCGAGGUGUCAGCUAGCCUGGGUGGCGGCAUACCAAUAGUCGAGAUCGAAAAGAAGUUCCAUACACUGCGUACGCAAUAUCAUCGCGAAAUAAAUCGUAUGAAACGCAAAGAACCAUACAACUCAAAGUGGUUUGGUUUUAAGAAUUUACAAUUUUUAAGUUCACCCAAAGCAAUGCGGGCUGGCAAGGGUAAAUUGAAGGCUGAAAUAACAGAAGAUGGGGUAACCAAGUAUAUUAUUCGUGAUGCAUCGUCAAGGGAUUCUGAGGUGGCAGGUGCUGUGGCAGCUGCAGCCUCGUCCAUUACCACAGAAUUCUUAACGAUUCAUCGCAACAAACCUGCAACAACAACGGUGACAUAUGAAACCGCUGCUGCGACAGUUCCCGCUCCAAUUUCAAUUGGGCGGGUACAAAAAUUUGAAUCAAAUCGAGCGCGCGAUUUGGAAAAACUCAUUGAAGAAACUACCAAAGAUGUCGAAGAGCCGGAAGAGUCAAAACCGAAGAUUAUCAAAGAAAUCAGCCUGCCGCUGCAACAUCACUCUUAUAGUAGUACCUCGAUGACGACUCAGGAAGAGUCACAAUCUCAGCAUCACCAACAGCAUCAGCAGGAACAUCACAUAGAAGAGGAACACUUGAGUACUAUUGAUAUACAAACGAGCGUUGAAGAUGAGAAUAUUGGCUAUCAUCAUCAUCAGCAGCAUCCAACGCCAGCGAGGGUUUUUAAGAUUCAGCGAAGAGAUACUUGCAAUGAAGAAGAGUACUAUGAGGAAGAGCAACAACAGCAACAGAAUCAGCAUCAACAUAUUCAGAGCAAGCGAAUCUAUUAUGACAAUGGCAAUGCUGGAAAUGUUAAUGGCAACAUUACUGCCACUUCGCCAUCUGGUAUAACUAUGGCUAAAUUGCAAACUGUUCAGUCGCCGAGAUUUAGAGACGAAUUCGCUACGUACGGCGAAUAUGUUGCCAAUGAGAUGAGGACAAUAUGCAAUCGAGAGAUACUUAUAUCACUCAAGCAUAAAAUCAAUACGGCACUGUUUGAGGCUAGUAUGGCUGAAUUGCAACAGAAGUGAAAAUAUCAAGACACGGAGGUGUGGUGGGUUUAAUAUUCAAUACCUACAUAAAAAUGUUGAAUAAGCUCUCGACUAAGUCAGCAACUCUACCAUUCUUCUGUGUAGAAAUAGAAAAGUAUAUUAAUAAGAUUUGUAGGUAUUCAUGAAAUAAGAGAGAUGUGCUCUGUAAGAUUGCACAUUUAAAGUCAAAUAAAUAUCAGUUUUUAGUUUUUAUCGAAAUUUUAUUAUAAUAAUAUAAAUUAACUAUAAUAUUUGAAAAGAAAAUUUUGAAUAUUUAAGAAAUUUAUCAAUUAAAUAAUAAUAAAAGUGUUUCAAUGUCUAAAA